CUUCAAAGUUCAAACACGCUCGGACAACGUUUGAUUUCCACUUUUACAGCGCCCCCAGGCGAGGAGGCCCCAGAUUUGCUCUCUCUCUCUCUCUCUCCAACAAUGGGCUUCUUUUCUUUCCUCGGACGAGUCCUCUUCGCCUCUCUCUUCAUCCUCUCAGCUUGGCUGAUGUUCAAUGAUUUUGGUACUGAUGGUGGGCCUGCAGCGAAGGAGUUAGCUCCCAAGUUAGCCGUUGUCGAAAAAUAUCUUACUUCUAAGCUAGGGGAAGGGGCACUGAAGAUUGAUGUUAGGCAUUUCGUUGCGGCCUCUAUAUUUCUAAAGGGGCUUGGUGGCUUUCUAUUUGUUUUUGGCAGUUCCCUCGGUGCUUACCUACUGUUGUACCACUUGGCCUAUACCACUCCACUAUUGCAUGACUUCUACAACUAUAACUAUGGCGAGCCAGAAUUUUCUGCCCUCCUACAGGAGUUCUUGCAGUGCAUUGCACUUUUUGGUGCAUUGAUCUUCUUCCUUGGGAUGAAGUACUCAAUUCCGAGGAAACAACUCAAAAGGAAGAUCCCCAAAACAAAGACAGUUUAGAUACAUCAAAGACACGGUAGUUGAAGGUAGGUUAUUUGGCUGGUGUUCAAAUCAUGACCGGAAGUGGCUGCCCUGCAGUGUCAGCUCUUGCAUUGUUGAUUUUGUUUUGAAGUCCUUUAGUGUAGAAAUUUGAAGUUGUAAUCGUCUUUCGUUUUCCUGGAGUUGUUUUUUAGCCAAACAAGUUGUGAUCUUUAUUCCUUGUCAAGGUUGUGGCCAAGCUUUAUGAACAAGUAGUUGGAUUGCUUAGGGUAGCAAAAAUAUUAGUAGUUUAUUUUUUGGGAAAAGUAUGUUACAAGUACAUGUCUAAUUGCUGGAUUAUGGUGAUUUGCUCUGAUGUUUGUUGCAA